AAUUACACGUUAAUCUCGUCCAGCUCCAGUUGUAGUUGCCCCUGUUUGACUUUAAGAGCGCGCAGUGGGCGGUCCUUACGCGCAGACCAAUGAAUCGGCUCCUCUGUUUAAAUAGUCCUUGAUGUCAACUUUCCUCCCUCACUCACAGCUCCCUCUAACGCCAUGUUGGCUGUUAUGACUUGACUUGUUGUUUUCUUGCGCUUACUACGGACCUGACAGGAGUGGCUUCGCGUUAAAGCCCGCAGCGCCGUGUGGAGAGCUUUUUCGUCUCUGAUUUUCAUGCCUCUUUUGGAUGAGACGCGCGGAGGAUAUAUGCGUCGCUUCCAUUUUUGCGCAUUUAAAAGGAAUACCAGUUUGGAUUAACAGUGUUCACGGGGGCUUUCUUGUCUUAUGUGCAUAAAAAUGUCAGAUGUGCGCCUUUCUAACGCGAGCCCGACCUUGGAGAGGGUGGAUGCGCGUCAGCCGGACAGCGUGCGGCCGUCCGUGCGCAGAUGUCUGUUCGGUUCACCUGACCGCGAGGAGCUGCGGGAGACUUUUCAAGAGUUUAUGCAGGAAGAGGCGCGUCGCUUCAGGGACACCUAUAACUUCGACCCCGUAGAGGACAGACCACUUUCUCCCGGAAGGUUUCAGUGGGAGGUGGACGAGGACGCGCCGGAGUUUUACCGCAGAUCGCCUCACGGGAGACUGCGCGACAACAACAGCGGCAACAACAACCAGCGGGACCAAGUGGAGACGACACCGGGGCGCACGGACACCGAGCGCUCCAGGAAACGACCCUCAGACCCCUCAGGAUCCAGCAGCAGCAGCGCCGCGCCGCGCAGUAAGAGCUCGCGCUCUAACGGGGAGCACGAGGGCGCGCAGCCGGAGCGCGGGACCAGCCGAGCGGCGCAGGUCCCGGAGCAGGCGCCCCAGGACCAGUGACAGCCGCGCGGAGCUGGUGAAAUACUGUAGCCUUCUCCUCAUCUGACACGCAGCACAGAGUGAAAGGGCCUUUGGAGGGAGCUGCACAGCACUGAACAUGUACACUAUGAGUUUGGCACUCUUUAUCUCCUCAGAAUCAGCAGACAAUGUAGCAGUGUGCAAAAGGAUUUUGCUCAUUUUUUCUACUACCUACGUUUCAGAUGUAGCACAUAAAAAGCAUAAUAUGCUUUUCAUACGUUGUUUUUUUUUUUUUUUUUUUGUCCAAUGUUUUUGUGUGAAUUUGACUCAGAAGUUGCAGUGCAAUUUCCAACAGAGAAAUGUUGUUUGUUGAAAGUGAUGUAAUCUUAUUCAGGUAAAUUGAUGUAAGUUAAAUGCAGAUUUCAAAGUCAGGGUUAUUGGGAAACGUGGCUUUACUCCCAGUGUUAAUGAAGGCCCAGGUGGAGUCACUGUGAGUGCUGCUCCAUCUGACUGGGACAGCCAUCACAAAGUUUACAUGCAAUUCACCUCCUAUUCCCCUUUGGUUUGGAUGUUUUGUUUUAUUCUUUUCUAUUUGUGGCCAAAGUCAGUGCCUUUAGUGGGGGGGGGCGGGGCUUCACUGCUGAGCAAUAGUCAGAACAGUAUUUGCUAAUAGUCCUAAGAUAACGUUCUUAAAUUCGGCCUUUCACUUUCCCUCGUGUCCAGGAGGUUCAUGUUUCAGUCACUGGGCCACAUUAUGCAAAUAUGUGAAUCAAAGACGAGUUUUGUGUCGUGGAAUUCAUGUGGAACAUGUAAUUGCACUAUUAUUAUUGAUUUUGAUUUUGUGAGGGGCAGAAAACAAAGUUAAACUGCCUCAUUUAAAACUGAAGUGUACCUGUGUGGCUUUUAUAAGAAAAACACUGAAAAAAUGAAACUAACUUAUUUAUGUUGAGAUUGGUGGGUGUGUGUAAAGCUUUCCAAAGCAACAUUUUUCCACAUUUGUAAAUGUUAUUUUCAUUAUUGUUUUUAUGAUCAUUAAACUCUCGCUAAACUGAGCCCAUAAUUG